AUGAGAGAGGAAUUGUGGGCCCAAUUUGCCAAUGAUGACCUUACUGUUUGUGGGGAUGGGCAGUGUGACUCUCCUGGCUUUUCAGCCAAAAAUCUGUGCUACUACGUAAUGGAGAUGAUCACUGGCUAUGUGAUCGAAAUAGAAGUCCUGGACAAAAGACAUGUUGGAUUGAAAUCAAGUACAAUGGAAAAGAAGGCCUUGAACCACUGUCUACAGAGACUCCAGAGAGUCUUAAAUGUUAUUGAAGUUUGUACAGAUGCAUCAUCCUCUAUAAAGAAGCUUAUAGGUAAAUUGGAACUAGUUGUACAGUGAGCUUUAUCUAAUGUUUGGCUGUGUUUCUGUCCAAUCGGGUAUAGAUCCCUGUCAGGUUCACAGUUUAAUGAUUACCCAGGGUUAUUCCUGCUUUUUUGUUGAAAUGAUGUAAAGUACGGUGAUGUUGGAUUAGAGAAUCUGUACAUUGUGGUGUAUUACAGCUGUCAUUUUAUGACAUCAAUGUUUGUUCAUAAUGUGAAUUUUCUCAAACUAACCCUCAGAUGAAAGUUACAACCCCAUUUUCUAUAAAAUUAAUGGCUAAUAUUAUUUUUUUGUGUGUUUCCCUAGCUGAUGAAUUCAAGACCCUCUUCCACUCUCUGGAUGUCUGGCACAAGGCGAAAAGCAUACGCAAGAGUAUUCAAAAGGUAGUGAGACAAAAUAAAGAAUUUGCAUUAUUCUAGGUGCUUCAGUGUAUUAACCUUCCUACACCCUCCGCCCCGACUGGGAAUGAUGGUCAGAAACUUUAGUGUAGAAUAAUGGAUACUUACUUUUUUUGCCUAAGCCCUGCUCCCCCCUUCCAAAAAAAAUGAUGAAAUUCAGGGGUUGGGGGUAAAAUCCAAAUGUGACAUUACUAAUAUGAAAUACCCCUGUAUUUGUGUGUUGUUUUUUUUGGUAGGUUGCCAGUACCAAAGGAAAUGAUAAAGUGGGAAAGUGGUCGAAUCAAAUAAUAAAUCACUUCUGGCAUUGCUGUUCAAUUGCAUCUGAACAUGAAGACACCACCGAGGCUCUUGCAGCAAUGAAGGUAGAUAGUUAAAUAACUUAACUAUUUAAGAGCAAGAGGUUUUUUCAUAUCUAUGAUUCAUACCAUACAAUGCCAGUCAAGGUCAGCCCUUGUAUUUUCACUCAUAUUCCCAUGUAGUGAACAAGUGUCUUGUCAUCAUGUGUGAAGUACCUGAUCAUAUUACUGGCUUAUUUCAUAGGACAAAUGGCUAAGCCUACUGCAUCACGCAUGUAAUGAACAUGAGUGGACUACAGGAAGAUGCAACCACGAAGAAAUGGAACCAAACGAAGAACACCCACCUUGGUUCGACCGGAGGGAGCAGGACUAUGAAGCAUUGCAGAAAGUGGUGCUUGAGCCAUCACUACUCGAUAGCUUCAAGUAUUAUGUGAAGUUUAGGUAAAUGCUUUUCAUCUGUGACAUGUGGUGAUUUGAAUUACAUUCAACAGAUGUUUAUUUUUGGGGGUAGCAUGCUUUUAGUUUACUUUCAGCCACAACAGGAAUGCAUAUUUUGACAAGACAAUUAUUUAGGGGGUUGAGUCUGAUGUCCAUCGCUAAGAAACCUGAAAAGACAUUCAAAUCCCCAAUGGAAUCCUCAUUGUAGUAUCAUUCUUAUGUUUUAAAGGCACACAGGAUCUUUGGAAUGCCUCAACAGCAUGUCAUUGGCAUAUGCUGCUAAGAGAACUUCUUACAAGUAUGAUUUUAAUUAGUUGAUAAUUUACUUAUAUUGCACAAGUCAUAGAUAGACUUAAUUUCUUAGGCCCAAAUGUAUUUUUGUUAUAUAAUAAUAAUAAUUGUAAGUUCACAAGCAAAGUACUACUGCAACUGUUGAAUCCAGGAGGGGAUCACAUGUGAUAGAACUGUAUGUAUGGGGGGAGGGUGAAAAAGGAAGUGUUUCAAGAAGACAGUUUCAGUUGUUAUGCCCCAUCUUUGUCAAGGGUCUCUAAAAUUCCAAGGUGGGCAUCAUUAGUGACAUAAUUGCUGCAUAAUUUGGAGUGGUGGGUGUGGGGAAGUUGAUUUAUAGAUGUAUGUCAAAGAAACACCAGCUUCAUUUAUUGGGCAAGCAAACGUGUAAAUUUUGCUUCUUCUGCAAAUGUGCUCCAUACAAUGUUUCAUUGAGAACAUGCCCACUUGGAGAUUCUAAAUUUCUUUUGUCAAGUUGAAAAAUAGUUGACGUUUCCAAGAGAAAAAUCAUAUCUGUGUCACCAUGUAACAUCCUCUUCUAUCUCUGUAACAGGUACAGGUUUUACAAGGCAAGAAAGCAGCUAGCAGCAAUCGAUUGGAAUUAUCAUCUUGACAGAAAAGUUGCUGUGGGAUCAAAAGGGGGGGAAGCAAGAUAUAGCAGGAAAUACAAUCAACGCACAAAAGAGUGGAACACACGGAUCAUAAAAGUAGACAAGGAUUAUGAUUACAUUCCCAUAAUAAUGGCCAAAGUUUUUCGCCGACGCAUGGAAGAUGUCUUGCAUACAGACAGACACGUGUCUCUAUCAGAAAAUGACCCCGAGAGAAUAGCGUCAACCAUUGCCCACACGGCUCCCGUAUCUUCUAAGGAAUUGUUUGAAAGACAUCAGACAAGGUUUGAAACUAAGAAAUAA